UUUGACAUCAUGACGACACUCAUCAGGACCAUCAUCAUCUUGGGUUGCUUGGUGUACAUCAGUUCCUCCAAGCCUCUCCAAAGGACCAAAAGAUAUACCGUGCCAUUCUGGCAUUUGCCUUGUGGUGAAGUGAUCAGACCAGAACCAAGUGAUGUUAGUGAUGAAGAAAUUAAAAGUCGACUGGAGAGCAUUAAGCUCCAGCAUCAGCUCACCCUCAAUGAUUAUCUCAACCGAGAUUAUGGAUUCCUAUAUGAACGUGUACGAAUAGGAGUCCAUCAUCAUCAAUACAUCCCGAACUGGAUACCAGGGAAAGAAGAGGUCAAUUCAGUCCGGGCAUUGCGUGGUGAAUCAAUGCAAUUGAUUGUCAGCUACCUACCUCAAUUCCACAUAGACCUGCAGAAGUUUGCUGUAGCUAUUGAGGAGUUGCUGAAUGACCAGACGACAUUGAAGAUCCGAGAAGCCUUAAGAGCAACGAGAUCAUACCUACAGAUGAUGCUGUGUGAGUUGGAGAGCAACAUCGCAGUCUUUCCUGACAUUGCACUGGAGGUGAGGGUGAAUAGAAACAUCAUGAGUCCAGUUGAAAGAGAUCCUGUUGACGAGACUAGGAGACUGGUACGUGAUUGGGGAGUUUUAUUGAAAUACAGAAAUUACCUUCAUGCCUGGAGGUAUGUUUUUGAUUACUAAAAAGCUGGAGAGCUUUUUUAGACCAACAAUGACAAUCAUGAUGACUUAUAAGGUGAUUAAUCCUAGAACAUGAGGUGAUAAUUGAGUUAGGUACUUAAUUAAGACAAUAAUAGAUUAAGUGAAAAAAAUGUUACCUGUAUCCAGUCUCUCUUUGAAGUAAUUUUAAUAAGAAAAGUCUCGUAGAUAAUAAAUGAAGUCUUAAAAGCAGAAGUCAAGGUAGUUUAGCACAAAAUAUUUAGUUAUUUUUAUUACUUAGAUUAUUUUUUCAAUUUUAAAGUUAUUUAAUCAUCUAAGGCUGGGCUGAACUUGAAAGUUUUGCUCUACUAGUGCCCACAGAAUGUUGUCUUGAUGGCAAUGGAGCAUAAAAAAUCUAGUAAUAAUUUGGUAACAAUUUUCUUUCCAAUUAAAUUCUAUUAAUCAGUGGAUAUCAUUGCAAAUAAGCUGAUUAAUUAGUCAUAUCUCUACUCUUGAGGAUUUUCUAAGAUGGAAACCGAUGAAAAGUCCAGCCUUAAUGAAUGAAAUUAUUUGAAAUGAUAGUUUUACUUAGACCUUGAGCAUAGAAAAGUAAAAGAAGUUUAUUAUAAAUUAAAACGAUGAUAAAAAUAAGGAAGUAAAAGUAUCAUCAAGUCAUUGACAAUUGGAGAUAACGAUAUCAUGACUAUCAGGGAAUACCAUUUUCGAUAAUUCAU